AUGGAAUUUGGAUCAUCAGCACAAUCAAGGCCUGAGACUUCACAUCAUAGCGGUACUUCCCGGGUGCCACGUAUGUUACCGGGUGGGAAAGUUUACACAAUAGAUGAACAGGGUAGAAGGAAUGCUAGGACUGUUGGUAGUCCUAAGGACAUAUGGCACAUACCUGAUGGGGAAAGGAUAGUGAUCCAAUUCAAUGCCGCAUACCAACCAACUGGCCCGGGUAGUGAGAAAUUUAGAAGAAUCUGUGGGAAGAUUAAAAAAUUCUAUAUGGAGCCUGUUCACGAUAUUGCAAACAUAAAAAGGCUAACGUUGGUGGACCUCACAACAAAAAGAAGGCAGUUCAGGCACGAGGUCAAGAAAAGUAUGAAUUUGAAAGAAACAGAUGCCGUAGAAUCUGUGGUUAGUAGGGCGGUGACAGCGCAAAUUUUUGAUUCAGAAGACUUUCAAAUGCAAGUUGAUAGGUGGUUGUCUUCGGCUGAUAAGGCGAAUUCAUUGAAGGCCAAGAUGAGCCGUAGCUGCAAUGCAUUUCUUCACACUCUGGGAUCGAAGAGCAUCGCACAGGUUGCACAAGAAAUGGACGAAGACACAAGUGAAACUUCGAACCGAGACGAUAUGUUCAUUGUCUCGCAUACCAAGAAAGAUGGGAACCCUGUGAAUGCAACGGCUGGGGAAGCUAUGGCAAAGAUAAGGGCAAUUAUCGAAAAUCAGUCGCCUUCAGAACGAGAAAGUUCACAGGGGUCGGUAUAUUGGUCGCACAACGAUGCGUGCGCACAAGUGCUAGGGUGGGAACAUUCCAGCCGUAUAUGCGGGGUGGGGCUAGGGCCGACUUCCAGUAAAUCCUCCUUUUAUUCCUUCGACCAAGGAUCAAUAUCUACUGCGCCUACUCCCAGGGAAAUAAAGAUGGCUGCUGAGGUGGAACGUUUGAGGAAUUUGUGCGAAGAGCAAAACACCAAAUAUGCAGCGCAACAGGAAGAGUUGGCAAGUGUCAAACGUAUGGUAGCCAUGAUUAUGGCGGGGAAACUACCAUCAAUGGAAAACAACCAAGAAGGUGAUGUCUAG